GUUGUUUAUUUAGGGUUGCUCCUUUUUCAUGUAAUUAAAAAAUUAGACGCUGUUGUCUCCCUUUGCGAAACGGCUGUCCUGGGGCCCCAGGGCCUGCCAGAGCCUCAGUUUCCUCCUCUGUGAAAUGGACGUCUCCCUCUCAGAGUGGCUGAGAAAACCGGGGCGCCAGAUAGCGAAAGCUCUCUCCCCUUGGCCGCCUCCCCCAGGCUCUGAGCCUCGGUUAAUGUCCCAGACACGUAGUAGGAUUUCACCAGGCCUGGGUCCGGGCCAGUUUCACCUCUGCAGGCGUGAGCAGGGGGAGGGGCUAAUCUUCUCCCCUCAUGCAGAAGUUCAGGGCUGGGAAGGGCUGGACUCCCCUCCCCCCAUCCACCCACCCAGCUCUGCCCCCGAGGGAGGGAGAGUUCAUCUCAAAGACAAACCAGGAGGAUGUUAAGGAGGUGAGUCUGGGGGCCCCCCCUCAGGUGGGUCAGCUGGGGACCAGAACCAUGAGUUUGGGCUGGGGAAGGGGAGAGGGCGCCUCCCUCAGGUGGGUCACUGGAGGGACAGAACCAUGGCUUUGGGCUGGGGAAGGGCAGAGGGCGCCCCCCACAGGUGGGUCACCGGAGGGGCAGAACCGUGGGUUCGGCCUGGAGAAGGGGCAGCCUGGAGGGCGGGAGGCCCCUCUCCGGUCAGGCCCGUGCGCCCCGGGUGGGCCCGGUUUCCCAGCCGCUGCCCCCGUGGCCCAGGUGGUGGUGUGGAAACGCUACAGUGACUUCCGGCGGCUGCACGGGGACCUGGCGUACACGCACCGCAACCUCUUCCGGAGGCUGGAGGAGUUCCCGGCCUUCCCCCGGGCCCAGGUCUUUGGCCGCUUCGAGGCCGCGGUGAUCGAGGAGCGGCGCAAGGCUGCGGAGGACAUGCUGCGUUUCACCGUCAACAUCCCCGCCCUCAACAACAGCCCCCAGCUCAAGGAAUUCUUCCGAGGCGGGGACGUGACCCGGCCCUCCGAGCCCCGGGAGCUGCACAUCCUGCCGCCGCCCCUGGUGCCCACGCUGCCCCCAGAGGAGGCGCGGCUCCCCCAGCCUCUGCCAGUCGAGCGGCUGGGCCGGGAGGAGCUUGAGGACGAGCCCGAGAAGCCAGGGGACCAGCCUCCCUCCAGCCCCGCUCAGGAAGCCCUCGACCUUCUCUUCGACUGCGGGGCUCCCGAAGAAGAGCCGGGCCCCGCGGCCCGAGGAGCGCUCACCGAGGCCGAGCUGGCUCUCUUUGACCCGUUCUCCAAAGAAGAAGGCGCCGGACCGGGCCCCAGCCCCACCCACGUAGCUGACCUGGCAGCCUUGGGGGCAGAGCCACAGACCCGGGGCCAGACGCCCUGGGAGCCCGGAGGGGAGGACGAGGAUGAGGAGGACGGAGAGGAGGGCCCACGCCCGGCCUACCUGGACCGCGCUACAGAACUCAUCACCCAGGCCCUGAAGGACGAGCAGGCGGGGGCCUAUGCCUUGGCCCUACAAGGCUACCGGGACGGCGUGGACGUGCUCCUGCAGGGGGUGCCGGGUGACCCCAACUGUGCCCGCCAAGAAGGGGUGAAGAGGAAAGUGGCGGAGUAUCUGCGGCGGGCAGAAGAGAUCCUGCACCUCCACCUGCAGCCGUGAGCUUCGUUUCCUGCCACCUGGCCUCAGUUUCCCUGCCUGUCACAGGGAGGCGGCAGACUUGCAGUGCCUCCCCAGGGGGUCUCCUGAGGAUGGUGCUGGGGGGUCUCACGGGGGUUUUCGCCUUCUCUCCUACGGCCGCGGCAUGGGAUGACCGUCUGAGGGCCUGAUCAGCAUCCCCCAAGCUGGGGUCCACACAACUGCCAAGUAGACACUCCCCAAGUGCCCUUCAGACGCCACACUGCCCGGCCCUGCUGACCUGCCCGCUCUUCCUUGGGUGAUACCUUCCAUCUCCCACCUCCAGGCCUUUGCCCAGGCCCUUCCCCAUGACAGGAAUGCCUUCCCUCAUUGUCUCACCCAGAAGUGAAUGACUGGAUGGUUGUGUACAUAUGGUUCUCCCGAACAGGGUAAACCCCGGAGGGCAGGGACAGGGACACCUGGCUCCGUAUCCCUGUGCCCGGCACAACACGAACACUUAAUAAAUGCUUGCUGAAUGCAUUAGAAUGAA